UUUCUCGGGUGAAUUAGAAUCUGAAGGAAAGAGAAGAUGGGGAAGCAGCCGGUGAGGAUGAAGGCGGUGGUGUACGCUCUGUCUCCGUUUCAGCAGAAGAUAAUGAAAGGGCUCUGGAACGACCUUCCCAACAAGAUCCACCACAAAGUCUCAGAGAAUUGGAUCAGCGCCACUCUCCUCCUCGGCCCUCUCGUUGGCACCUACUCGUAUGUCCAGCAUUAUGAGGAGAAGGAGAAGUUGGCACAUAGAUACUGAAGCUGAUACUUUCCCUUUUAUUGAAAGAACUGUGUUGAUUUCCCUCUUAUUCUGGAUGAACUAAUUUGGUCUUGUGAAAUUCUGAAUUGCAUUCAAUAGACACUGCAUUAUUAGUGGUCGAAUAAAGUUCAUUAACAUAAGUUGUGUUAUUU